AUGCCAAUUAUUGUUGUUGGUGUUUUUGCUGUUGUUGUUAUGGUAGGAAGGUUGGUCCUUUCUUGGUGGGUUUUGCCUUGUUUGGUCUAUAGAAGGCUCAAGGCAAACGGGCUUUCUGGGCCGAAGCCCAGUUUCCCUCUCGGAAACUUGAGCGACAUGAGAAAGGGUGAUAAUAGUAAGCCCCGUUUUUGUGGGUUUUCUUCGUGUUCGGAUUUGAGCUUGUCGAAUGAUAUUCAUUCCGUGGCGUUUCCGUACUUUUCUAGGUGGCAAAAGUCGCACGGGAAAGUCUUCAUCUACUGGCUUGGGACAGAGCCAUUUCUCUACAUUGCAGACCCUGAAUUCUUGAAGCAGAUGACUGCUGACAUAAAUGGUAGAAGUUGGGGAAAACCAACUGUUUUUAAGAAUGAUAGAGAGCCUAUGUUCGGGCAAGGCCUUUUAAUGGUCGAAGGCGAAGAUUGGGUUCGCCAUAGGCACGUUAUUACUCCCGCAUUCUCUCCGUCUAACUUAAAGGCGAUGGCCAACCUAAUGGUCGACUCGGCCACCGACAUGAUGGACCGGUGGGCCCGCCUGAUAGCCUCCGGUCGGCCCGAAAUCGACGUCGAGCGUGAAAUCAUCAGCACAGCCGGCGAAAUAAUUGCAAAGACGAGCUUCGGGAUAAGCUACGAGAGCGGGCGCAAGGUGCUCGAGAAGCUACGCGACAUGCAAAUCACCCUAUUCCAAUCCAAUCGAUACGUAGGUGUGCCCUUCGGCAAGUUCCUAAACCCUACGCAAUACCUAAAAGCCAAAACCCUCGGAAAAGAGGUCGACAAUCUCCUCCGGUCCAUCAUCGUCCAAAGGACCAAUAACAAUAAUAAUAAUAAUAAUAAAAAUAAUAAUAAUAAUAAGUCGAAGCAAGACUUGCUCAGUUUAUUGCUGGCGGAGAAUACGGUGGUGGAUGGCCGGAAAAAGAGGGCGUUGACUGCCAAGGAGUUGGUGGACGAGUGCAAGACCUUUUUCUUCGGGGGCCACGAGACGACGGCCUUGGCGCUGACGUGGACUUUGCUCCUAUUGGCCGAACAUCCCGAGUGGCAAAAGGAGUUGAGAGAGGAGAUUGCACAAGUGAUGGGAGGUGGGAAGGAUACAAUUAUUGAGGUCACAAAGCUUGUAGGGUUAAAGAAGAUGGAAUGGGUCUUGAAUGAGGUUUUACGUCUAUACCCUCCAGCACCAAACGUGCAGAGGCAGGCGAGGCACGACAUCCGAGUGGGCGAUUUGGUAAUUCCGAACGGCACCAACAUGUGGAUCGACGUCGUGUCGAUGCACCACGACGAAACUCUGUGGGGCAAAAAUGUAAACGAAUUCAAACCCGAGAGGUUCAAGGACAGCGUGCACGGCUGGUGCAAGCACAAGAUGGGUUUCUUGCCAUUUGGAUUUGGAGGGAGAAUGUGUGUUGGGAGGAACUUGACCAUCAUGGAGUAUAAGAUUGUGUUGAGUUUAAUCCUUUCUAGGUUUUCAUUCUCCUUGUCACCUACUUAUGUCCAUGCACCCUCUAUUAUGCUGUCACUUAGGCCUAUGCGUGGCUUGCCACUUAUAUUUAAGGCUAUUUAAGUAAAGGUCUUGUUUCUACUAUUUGUAUUGUUGCUUUGUUUUUCUUUUAGGGAUUAUGGUCCCACUUUCAUUUUUAUAGGGGUACACUGUCAUUAGA